UGAAAAUGAUGUCAUGAGAGAAGCGCUGUUGGAAAAAGCUGAUGAUUUUGCUGGACGUCCUUUCUCAUGGAGGAUAAACUACGUAACCCCUGGCGGUGACAAAGAUAUUACAUUUAGAGAUUUAUCACAAGAUUUGAAGAGAGUAAAGAAAAUAGCACAUCGGGGACUCAAGCAGUUUGGAGAUGGCAUGGACAGAAUAGCAAUUUUAGCAUCUGAUGAAAUCCAGGACUGUAUUUCAAGAUUUCAAAGUCAUGGUAACACUCCAUUUGACCCAAGGGAAUCUGUAGAUCAAUGCAUUACAAAUAUUAUGACAGGUCUG